AUGCGGCCACUUCAAAGGCAGAAGGAUCAAAGCAAUCCUCCACCUGAAAGUGCCGAUCUGAUGAGAAAAAUGGAAGCUAUCAUGCGAUUUGAGAAGGAGAAUGUCCUCAGCUUUUCUUCCAAGACUAAUCAAGGACUGUUUGCACAGACUAAACGGUCAUUAAAAGGGCCUAAUGGAAAAAACCUCACUGUGCCCAAACCUCAAGCACUUAGGAAGGUUCUGGGGAACCUUAACAAACAGGUGGAACCUAAGAAAUCUGCAGCAGCAAAGGCCAAAAAGAUCAACUUGCCAAAGCAAAGAAGUGAGGAGUAUCCUGCCAUUGAAACCUUUAUCCCAUAUAACCCUUUAGAUUUUGAAAGCUUUGGGGUCCCUGAAGAACACAAACUCAGUGAUAUCUGUCUUGCUGGUAUUUCACUUUUCAUUGCAAGGGAUGAUGCAAUUAGAUUUGAUGCACUUACCGUUCCUGGUCUUUACCCGAUGGAAAAUCAAGAAAUAAAUUAUGGUGAGGUCCUCGAUUGGUUGGCGGAGCACUUCGGCGGGAAAACUACCUAUUUAAGAAGGUAUCGUACCUGUGGAGAUCAGUCGCCGUGUCAAGAACAGAGAAGAGGCUUGUCCACGUCGGUUGAAGAGGUCCGGCGGCAGCGGUUUUCAGCGUCGGCGGUGAAGAAGGAGCUCCGGUGGGUCGGCAUCUGGAAGAGAAAGCGGCGGUGUGAAGCGGCGCCUAAAGCGGAGCGGUGGUGCGGAGUGUCGUCCGGAUAG